AUGGAUAGGAGUUGGAUAGAUGAUGCGAACCAUAUCUCGGCUCAAUAUUUGGAUGGGGUCAGGGCUUUCUUAGAUUUCGCAUUCAAAGAUCGUAGUUCUGAAGCUUGCAUCUAUUGCCCCUGUACGUCAUGCGGAAAUCGCUUAACAAAAACUCGUAGAGAUAUCUUGCUCCAUUGUAUUCGUUAUGGUUUCGACCAAACCUAUAAGGUUUGGACUUGCCACGGAGAAGGAGAGGUGAACCCUGCUGCUUCAAACGACAACGUGCCAAUGCGUUGGGAGGAUGAACUAGAACUUCUAUUGCGAGAGUGUGCAUAUACAGAGCACACCGAUGAUGUUCCAAGCGGAAACGUACCUCCCAGAUAUGAGGAAGAUGAACAUAUACAUCUUGGCAGUAAAGGGUACAAAAAGAUGUUAGAAGAUGUAGAAAAAGAGCUUAUACCUGGGUGCAAGAAGAUGAGUAGACUCUCAUUUAUCGCACGCCUUUUGCACUUGAAGAUUUUGUGUCACUGGUCUAAUAAAUCUAUUGAUUUGUUAUUAGAGUUGUUGAGGGAUGCACUUCCAGACGAUGUCGUUCUUCCGAAGAACUUCUAUGAGGCUAACAAGCUGACGAAGGACUUGGGCUUCACAUGCAAGACUAUCCAUGCAUGCAUCAACAAUUGCAUGUUGUUCAUCGGGGAAGAUGUUGACCGUGAUGUUUGUAUUGUGUGUGGGGAAAAGAGAUUUGCACAGGGUAAAGAUAGAUGUCCCGUGAAGAAGUUACAGUACUUUCCAAUGAUUCCGCGAUUGCAGCGAUGGUUCGUAUCUUCGAAAAGUGCAUCUUCUAUGAGAUGGCAUGCCGAAGGGCGUGUAGACGACGGCAAGAUGCGUCACCCGGCAGAUAGUCCUGCAUGGAAGAGUUUUGAUCAUCGGUACCCGACGUUCUCUGAGGAAAUUCGCAACGUACGCCUUGGGUUGGCCACUGACGGUUUCAACCCUUUUGGGAAUAUGAGCAUCAGUUAUAGCAUUUGGCCUGUAGUACUUGUGAUAUAUAACCUACCUCCGUGGCUAUGCAUGAAGCAACCGUCGUUCAUCCUCUCUACAAUCAUAGACGAGCCACAUGGCCCGGGGGAUCGGAUUGAUGUCUUCCUUCAACCUUUGAUGGAUGAGUUGAAGGAGCUCUGGUGUGACGGUGUUCGGACAUAUGAUGCGAGUAAUAAAGAGGACUUCCAGAUGCGAGCUCUAUUGCUAUGGACUAUUAGUGAUUUUCCCGGUUAUGGUAUGUUAUCAGGGUGGCCGACUCGUGGGUCAAAUGCGUGCCCUGUUUGUGGUUUGAAUACUCAUUUCAGGUACCUUAAAAAUGGCCAUAAGUAUAGCUACUGUGGGCAACGAAGGUUCCUGCCGGGUGGGCAUAGAAUGCGCUUUGAUAAACAAGCGUUUGACGGUUCGAUGUGCUUUGAUGAAAAGCCAUCUCGAUUGACUUCCGCUGAACUUCAGCAGCAGCUUGAGGAUGUGCCGACUGAAUAUCGUAAGGAUGACAUGAUUGAUAAGCGCAUUGCACAGGGAUCUCGCAAGCGUCGCUGGGGGGUAGAAGGGCAGCAAGAGACGUGGAAAAAAAUGAGCAUACUGUUCGAGCUGCCUUAUUGGGUUGAGAAUUAG